AUGGCGAGGGGGUGGUCCAAACUCGUAACCGACAUUGAGCCCUCCUACGAACCGCCCUGCUCCGAUGAUGACUAUCUCCACGAUGGCGAGCCCGUUUUGUUAUUUCGCAACGACCUCAAGUAUCUCGGCUUGGGAAAGAGCUUGUUGCCGUCUACAGGACUGCUGCCAGAGGUCCGCGCCAUUUCUGAGAUUGACGUGAUCACUGGUAAAUACCGCAUGCACCCCAGUAUAUAUGCAGUCCUGGCCAAAUCCUUGCCCUCUAUACAUCGAGUCAAUUUCACCCUCGCAAUGCCAACCCGUCGGUACAUGUUCCAGCGGAGACACAUCCGAUCCGCCCUCGCCGACGCAUUGCGAGAUGCUUCUCUUGAUAAUCUUGAGGCUCUUCAUAUCCAACUUCAUGACGGAACGUCCCUAGACGAGAGACUCGGGCUAGACGUCCUCACAAACUCCAGAAGACAAGACGAUUUGAGCCUGGCCGUUCAAGUUGUACUCAAGCUCCCCAACCUACGAGAAGCGUCGUUUCUAGGCGGAUGGAUCCUCGCGCCAUAG